UACUAUCUGUGAUGGUAUUUUGUGCUUAAAUUUGAAGCUGUAAGUUUUAUGUUUCGUGAUUUCGUUUCAUGUAAUCUUUCAUUUUAGUUUCAGAGGUGAAGGAAGUGUGACCACUCGCCAAAAUGGUAAACGGGAGGGUUCCUUCGGUUCACUCCAAGACAUAUGUAACUCCCAGGCGUCCUUAUGAAAAAGCACGUUUGGAUCAGGAGUUGAAAAUAAUUGGUGCUUUUGGACUUCGCAACAAGCGUGAAGUAUGGAGAGUUAAAUAUGUUCUCGCUAAAAUCCGUAAAGCUGCUAGAGAACUGCUUACUUUAGAUGAGAAAGAACCUAAAAGAUUGUUUCAAGGUAAUUAUUUUUAAUUUUUUCAGAAUAUA